AUGCAGUUGAAGAACAUCCUCGCCGUCUUUGCCGCAGCCAACCUCGUCGCUGCCGUCCCCACUGCCGAGCCUGGCGACGAUAUUGAUGUCGCCGGAGGUGAGGACGAGAUUCAUAUCGUGGGAAGAACUAAUCCUCCCCCACCUCCCCCAGCCAGCUUUUGGUGUAAGGGAGCGAUUGUCGCCGGUGUUGCUGGCACUCAAUGCGGGUUGACUUCUUGCAUGAACAUGGGUGGCCCUGGAGGCGGUGGGCAGUGUGGAAACCUCCAGUGUUCAACCGGCAAAUAUGUCGCUUUUCCAGCUCCGAGUCCCAACAACUGGAAUUCGUACGUCGUCUGCUCGAAGUAAGACCCUGGGCAUCGUUGGC